UCUCAUUGAUGCCACUCACAGGGACGUGGACGUUCUGCUGUUACUUUCUAAUUCUGCCUACUACGUGGCCUAUUAUGAUGAUGAAAUCGACAAGGUGAAUCAGUACCAAAGGUUAAGUCUUGAAGCUCUGGAAAAAAUAGAAAUCGGGCCUGAGCCUACUCUCUUCGGCAAACCCAAGUUCUCUUGCAUGAGGCUGCACUACAAAUACAAAGAAGCAAGUGGGUAUUUCCACACUCUGAGAGCUGUGGUACGCAACCCAGAAGAAGAUGGAAAAGACACUCUUCAGUGCAUUGCAGAAAUGCUGAGAAUCACAAAGCAAGCAAUGGGAUUAGAUGUACCCAUUAUUGAGAAGAAGCUGGAGAGGAAGAGCAGUAAACCUCAUGAGGACAUCAUUGGCAUUCGGUCUCAGAACAGAGGGUCCCUGGCUCAAGGCAAGAAUUACUUACUGAGCAAGUUCUCAUCCCUCAAUCAAAAAGUGAAACAAACCAAAUCCAAUGUGAACAUCAGCAACCUUCGGAAGUUGGGCAGCUUUACCAGACCUGAAGUGAAAGUCAAUUUUUUAAAACCAAAUUUGAAAGUGAAUCUUUGGAAAUCAGAUAGCAGCCUUGAAACUCUGGAGAAUCCCGCGGUAGAUCCUAAAGUCCAUACUGAAUCCGAUACAGAGGUUUCGGAUAAUGAUUCAUUCCACUCUGAUGACUUCCUGACCAACUCCAAAUCGGACGAGGACAACCAGCUCACGGACUCCCUGGAGAACAUAGGGCAGGUGGACUACGUGCUGCCCAGCUGUGGGAUCAUCGCCUCUGCCCCGCGGCUGAGCAGUCGGUCCCAGUCUGUCAGCAGCACUGACAUGAGCAUCAGCAUUCCCGUUCCCUCUGAGAUCCAGGGCUCUCAGGCUGCCCGCUCUGACUGUGAGGACGUGCCCAUGCCCUCUGCUGACAGCACGGAGAUGGAGUUUGCUAAACCUAUCGACGUGUACUGCCAGAGGUUUGUGCAUGAUGCUCAAAAUAAGACGUCGGAUGUUUUGGAGGCUGAGGCUGGUCCUCAAGAGCCCCACCACGUAAUAAAUCAACCCAGCAAUAAUAUAUCUAAGAAGGCAGAAACCAAGGCUGAAGCCAGCAGAGACGUUCCUUCCAGGCCAUCUAAGCUGGACGUGCAGUCUUCUGAGACAAAUCCUCAGCUCUUGGCUGUUGGCGGGACUGACUUCACUAAAUCUCACAAAAGCCCAGGAUCUGUAUCAGGUAACCUUGAGAUGGGACUGCACACGACUCCUUCUCCUGCUGACAGCAGCAGCAGCAGAGCUGUGUCUCCUUUUGCUAAAAUUCGCAGCUCCAUGGUCCAGGUCGCGAACAUCACACAAGCAGGAUUGACUCAAGGGAUUAAUUUUGCCGUGGCAAAGGUGCAGAAGAGCCCUGCAGAACCAGAAGCUAUAAAUGAAAUCAAACAAAAAGAACUGAAGGAAAUGUUUACGCAAUGCCAGACAAGAAUAAUUCAAAUCUAGUGCUAAUUUAGGGAGUGUUCUUUGAGUUGUGGCUUUUAAUACAAUACUAGAAAAAUUACAUCAGGACUCACUGUGGCAGGAACUGCUACUGAAUACUGGGAUCAAUAAUACAGAUAACUUGUUUACAGGAAGUGAGAGAGGCAAAUGAAUUUGGUUCUGACCAAGCUUCAGAAUUCCCUCGGGCAGCUGAGACAAAAGAACGGUAAACCCAUAUUUAAACAGGUAGCUUAGACACUGGGAGUUAAUGAGCAUGCUGUCUGUCUUCAAUGUGUUGCACAGUUAUUUUUGGAGACUAAUUUUGUAGCUCUUCUGACUUAUGUAGAAAGUAUUUAUACUCAAAAGGUGAUACUGCACUUCUGUGACCUUACUUAACUUGCACUGCACCAGCAAAAUAACUUACCGGUAAAUUACA